AAUAUAGCAGAUCCAGAAGAACUGUUCACAAAAUUAGAAUGCAUUGGGAAAGGCUCCUUUGGAGAAGUUUUCAAGGGAAUUGAUAACCGUACCCAGCAAGUGGUUGCUAUUAAAAUCAUAGACCUCGAGGAAGCUGAAGAUGAAAUUGAAGACAUUCAGCAAGAAAUAACUGUUUUGAGUCAGUGUGACAGCUCAUAUGUAACCAAAUACUAUGGAUCAUAUUUAAAGGGUUCAAAAUUAUGGAUAAUAAUGGAAUACCUGGGUGGUGGUUCAGCACUGGAUCUUCUGCGAGCUGGUCCAUUUGAUGAAUUCCAGAUUGCUACCAUGCUAAAGGAAAUUUUGAAAGGUCUGGACUAUCUGCAUUCAGAAAAGAAAAUUCACCGAGACAUAAAAGCUGCCAAUGUCUUGCUCUCAGAACAAGGAGAUGUUAAACUUGCUGACUUUGGAGUUGCUGGCCAGCUGACAGAUACACAAAUUAAAAGAAAUACCUUUGUGGGUACACCAUUUUGGAUGGCUCCUGAAGUUAUUCAACAGUCGGCUUAUGACUCAAAAGCUGACAUUUGGUCAUUGGGAAUUACUGCUAUUGAACUAGCCAAAGGAGAGCCACCGAACUCUGAUAUGCAUCCAAUGAGAGUUCUGUUUCUUAUUCCAAAAAACAAUCCUCCAACUCUUGUUGGAGACUUCACUAAGUCCUUUAAGGAGUUUAUUGAUGCUUGCUUGAACAAAGAUCCAUCAUUUCGUCCUACAGCUAAAGAACUUCUAAAACACAAAUUCAUCGUAAAAAAUUCAAAGAAGACUUCUUAUCUGACUGAACUGAUAGAUCGAUUUAAGAGAUGGAAGGCAGAAGGACACAGCGAUGAUGAAUCUGAUUCUGAGGGCUCUGAUUCGGAAUCUACUAAUAGGGAAAAUAAUACUCAUCCUGAAUGGAGCUUUACCACUGUGCGAAAGAAGCCUGAUCCAAAGAAACUGCAGAAUGGGGCUGAGCAAGACUUUGUGCAAACCCUAAGCUGUUUGUCUAUGAUAAUCACACCUGUAUUUGCUGAACUUAAACAGCAGGAUGAGAAUAAUGCUAGCAGGAAUCAGGCAAUUGAAGAACUCGAGAAAAGUAUAGCUGUGGCAGAAGCUGCCUGUCCUGGCAUCACAGAUAAAAUGGUGAAGAAGUUAAUUGAAAAAUUUCAAAAGUGUUCAGCAGAUGAAUCCCCCUAAGAAACUCCUUAUUGUUGGAUUCUAUUUCAUAAGGACCAAGAGAACCCCAUCAAAGCUAAUUCAAGUUUAACAGUGCUUAACUCAUGAGCUCCAUGUGCCUUUUGGAUCUUUACAAUGUUGAAGAUUUUGAAGAAGCUAUUCAAGUAUUUUGUGAUGGUGUUUAUCAUUUUAUAUUUUUAGAAGUUUAUUUUGUAAUGAAUAACUUUUAAUACUAUAAUUUCAUCUGUAUUCUAGUAAAUGUUGAGAUACAGUUUUGCUUUUAAGUAUCAUUAAUACUUAAGUUACGAGGAUGAAUACCUUUCAUGUUUUCACUUUUAGUUAACUGUACACUGAUGAAACAUACAGGUCUUUCAAAGUUAUCUUAAAUACUCAACUUUUGUAAAUCAUCAAGCCUCAUGAAACUUUUUUUUAAACACAAGCAUAUUCUAAAAAACGACUAUUGGUGAGGAGGUGGAAACAAGUCAUGCCUUACUUAAAACAGAAGUUUUUAAUAAGCUCUUAAAAAUGAAACCUAGAAAAGUAUCGACUCUUCUACCAAGGUGGUAUAAUAUUCCAGGCAGCUCAAUGACAAUCAUAUUUGAGACCUCUGUGUUUGUAGUGUUUAUAGGCAACAUGUAACAAUAGCAGUACCUCUUGGUAUACAGUAUUUGCCUUCUCUUUUAGAAGAGGCAAUUAACCCUUAUUUAACAUGGUUGGGAAUUUAAAACAAUACCAAUUAGCCAAUGUAUU